AGUCAGUCAAGUCAGUGAGUAACAGCUUACACCUGCCAUUUCUUUCUUAUAAAAUCCCACCCUUCCUUACUCCUUAGCUUCUAGUAUUCUCUUCUAACCUCUCCUCCUUUCUUUUUCUAAUUGCCAAAUUGCAUUAAACAUUACACCCUCUACGUAUUCUUCAGCUACACAAAUAUAAAAGUGAGGUAAAUAGAAAAUGGGAAGUUCAUUAAAGGAGCAAUUGCCAGCAAUAGUGAUGGUAUCACUGCAAUUUGUAUAUGCAGUAAUGGCUCUGUUAAACAGGGCUGCCCUUGUUAAGGGCAUGAAUCCAAGAGUCUUCAUGUUCUAUAGACAAGCUAUGGCUUUCUCUGUAAUGUCUCCUAUUGCUUUUCUUUCUGGGCGAAAAUCUAGUACGAGUAAUUGUUGUAUGGAAAUCAAAACAUUUUUUAUAAUCUUCGCCACAGCUUUCGUUGGAGUGGUGAUGAAUCAGACGAUGUACUUUGAAGGAUUAUACAUGGCAUCAUCCUCAAUUGCAAGCGCCAUGACCAAUCUGGUUCCUGCCGUUACCUUCUUGCUAGCCGCCAUCUUAGGGCUUGAGCAAGUGCAAUUGAAGAGUUUAAGCAGCAUGGCAAAGAUGUUAGGGACAGGGUUUUGCGUGAUAGGAGCAGGCUGCAUGGCUUUAUUAAGAGGCCCUAAAUUACUAAAUAUCCAACUUCACCCAACACCUUCCAAUAAUUCUCUUAUGCUAAACUCCUUUGAAGGUUAUGAUACUUGGAUUAUUGGGUGUCUCUUUAUCUUUGCCAGCAUGUGUUGCUGGUCUUGUUGGCUCAUUUUGCAGGUUCCCAUAACAAGACGUUAUCCAAAUCACUUGUCUUUGUCUGCUUGGAUGUGUUUUCUGUCAAUGUUGCAAUCAUUGGCUAUUGCUUGGUUUUCAGAGCAUAAUCCUCAUGCUUGGAAUUUGAGCUCUACUCUUGAACUCUCUUGCAUUGUCAUUUCGGGAGUGUUUGGAUCAGGAAUUCAAUUCUUUGCUCAAGCAUGGUGUAUCUCAAAGAAAGGACCACUAUACUCGGCUAUGUUCAAUCCUUUAUGUACAGUAAUCACUACUAUUUUAGCAUGUAUUUUUCUCCAUGAACAACUCUACGUUGGCAGUUUGUUGGGUGCAUUUGGCGUGAUUAUUGGGCUAUACACAGUGUUAUGGGGUAAAGCAAGGGAGAUGAAGGCACAAGUAGAGAAUGAGGGGUUAGUAAGUAGUCCAACAAAAGCAGGACAAGUGACGGAAAACUGUAAUAUUGAUCUAGAGCGACCCUUAUUGGCUGACAAGUGUGACGAUCAAGUUUAACUUUUUUGAGGAUCUUUCUUGAGGAAAUCUUUGACCGCAUUGUCUUUUACGAGUAUAAGUUGUCAUUUCCUUCUCUUUUCAGAUCCCGAUCACAAUUUUUAUGAGCGAAAUACACUGAAUAUAAUGAUAAAGGUUAACUUCAAUUAUAGUCUUGUUUCAGUUGGAGCAAGUACCGCUUUCCUAUACAAGGCUUUUUAUCAAAUUGCAUCUAGUCAUUCUCUUUCGAGAUCUACCAUGUAAUCCAAAACAUGGUAAAUUAUAUUGUACUUCAUCCAUACUCUACUAUCCAAUUUUGAACAAAGAUUUGUGGCAUAGUGCAAUUUAAAUGCUACCAUAUUAUAUGUAAAUGCCA